AUGGAGAUCCGGUCUGAUGAGCAAGUCAAAGAUGAACAAAAGAAGCACAAAGAAUAUGUGAGUCGGCAAGACCGAGAUAAGGCUGAGCAACUGAUUUAUUUAAGUCACAGACUUCAAGAUGUGGACCGGCAUUAUGAGGCCAGCAAGGAAGAAGCCAUUCGGCUCAAAACUGAAAUUGAAAAAUUAAAGGCAGAAAAGCUUGAGUUGCAUGAUAAAUUAUCUGAAACACAAUAUUCUUAUGCAACGUUAUUGGACGAUCAUGAAAAACAACAAAAUCAGAUGCUUACCCAAGCUCAAGAUUUUGAACAGGAAAGACAAGCAACUGCUCAGCUUUUAGAUGAAUUAGGAAAGGAAUUAGAAGAUCUUCGAAGAUAUAAAAUCGAAACAGAACACAUCAGAAAAACACAACAGAAAAAUGCAACAGAAUUGCCAGACAAAUGUCGAGAACUGGAAGAUGAGGUUCAAAAAUUACGAGAGGAGAACCGUAAUUUGCGUGAUUCCAACGAUGACUUAAAUGUCCAGCUGCUGAGCCGCUGCAUGGAGGAGGGUCGACGCUUGCUUAAAUACAAUGGCGCCAUUUCUUUGGCCGAUGAGAUUGAUCAUCUCACAAAGGAGGAGUUAAUGGAAGCAUUGAAAGAACAGCAGGACGUUAAUGAUCGUCUGAAGAAAUAUGUAGACAAGAUUAUCCUGAAAAUUUUGGAGAAGAACCCGUCCUUACUGGAAAUCAACCAUUGA